AUGGCAGAUGAGCUCCCUGCAUUGUUGAGGAGUCAGCACCAACAGCUUCUCAAUCGACUCGAUGUGCUCACAUCCAGGGUUGAGCUUCUGUUGGACGACAGGGUCCUGGAGGGACCAGCCUUACGCAUUAACUCUGAAGAGAGUGACCUGGAUUCUUUACCUCAUGGCCAGUUGCUUCUCCCACCUCAAGUAGAGAGCUGGCCAGAUCAGGGUAGGGAUCAGGGUGUUUCAGGUCAGGAGACGCCACUAAGGUCAGGGCAGGCAACGCCAAUAAAGUCAGGGCAGGCAACACCAGUGAAGGGACGCCGAAAGGCCCUUCAUGAGUACGAAGAGGCGAAGGAAGAAGGCCAUCGUGUGGACACCCUCAAGAGACAAAAAUCUGCUGAUGCUGCACCGACGACGUCUCAGCGAAUGGAAAUGGCACAUGUCUGUCAGCACUGGGCCGGAAGGAUUUCCAAAUCUGUGGCCUUCAACUUGGCGGUAGCCGUGGUGAUUAUUUCGAACUCGAUUUUUCUCGGGCUGCAGCUCGAGGUCAGUGCUCAUGACGUUGAUGGCUCCACGGCAAGAUGGUUCCUGUUUGGCCACUUCUGCUAUGCUGUUCUGUUUACGAUGGAGAUGCUUAUUCGCUUGACUGCAACCGGGCCUCAUGGUUUUCUCUGUGGUCCUGACUUUGCAUGGAAUUGGCUUGAUACGUUCAUCGUCUUUCCAGCCUGGAUCGAGCUUGUUGUCGAUUUUGUGGAACUGCAGAACAUGGGCGCUGGCACAUCCAACAGCAAUUUCCGCAUCAUCCGCGUUUUCAGAGUCACCCGUGUGCUUCAAGUGAUUCGGUCCGUCCGACUGGUUCGCUUCAUCAGCGCGUUUCGGGAGCUAGUGAUCUCGGUGCUUGACACCGUUCGCCAGCUUGUGUGGGCAGUGGUCCUACUCGUGUUGGUAAUUUACUCCUUCGGAGUAUUGUUCACAGACGCAUCCCUGCAGUACUUGGAUAGCCAUGAAGCCUAUGCAUCCGAGCCACAUCUCCAAAAGCUUCAACUGUACUUUGGUGGAGUGUAUGCAUCCAGCACAACACUUUUCAGGACGCUGUUGGCAGGGUUUGACUGGAUCGAGGCAGCGGAAGCUCUGUCCCCAAUGGGUUUAUGGUGGGUUCAGCUCUUUCAUAUCUACGUGGCUUUCGGUGAUUUUGCCCUGCUGAACGUGAUUACUGGGGUGUUCGUGAACUCCGCCAUCAAGACUAGGGAGAGAGACCACGAAACGCUAAUGCAGCACGUGCAUGCAUUCAAGCAACUGGUGGCCAAAUUGUGGAAGAAGAUCGACUCCACGGGCCUCGGGCAGAUCACCAUUACCGAAUUCGAGCAGAUUUUUCAAGACGAAGAUUUGGUGGCUUUCUUUGCUGCCAUUGAGGUUAGUGCAGUCGAUGCUUGGACUCUGUUUGACAGCCUGGAUGCAGAUGGGGACCACUUGAUUAGUUACGAGGAGUUUGCGCAGAGGUGUCUCCAACUGCAUGGCACAGCACGGUCUGUGGACUUGUUCGCCCUCAAGCAACAGACCGAGAAACUCGAGGAUCGGUUGGAGAGCGUCUACCAGGCGCAGUCCGAAACCAAUGAGCACCUCCGUGCAAUGGAGCGCAGCAUCGGUCAGAGUCGCAGGGUUCGCAAGGCUCCCGGACAGAUCAAGUGGACAGCCGGUGGCGCACAGGUGGAGGUUACGACCUUUCCCAAAGACUUGGUUGGGACUGUCCAACUCAUCUCUUGCCUUGUGCUGCUCGUGGUUGGAAACCCAUGGCAUUGGACCGGGGACGUCUUUUCCGCAAGCGCAGGCAUGGCUUUAGUGGCCCAGCUCUUUGCUCAUUUGGACUUGAUCCGAUGGCCUCCAGACGAGGAGGAGGCCAAGGUCUAUUGGGGCUUGGCCAAGGAUUUGGGAGUGGUCUGCCGACAACUUUUCAUCCUCAUCUUAGCCAAGAUCUAUACCAUCCUGCAAUUUCACGCCGCAGCUGCGAAGGAUGCCUGUGAAAGGGCACGAGCAACCAGAGUCCUGGCAACGGCGCUAACGAUUGACUUGGGAUCAUUGGAAGGCAACCGUGCAGUUUCGCGCACAGUUUCGGAGCCUUUGGAGCAGAGGGAAGAUCUCCCGGAAGCUUGGCAGGAUGCAUUGAGGCAAAGCGACCCGGUCGAAGAGAUGAAGAUGUUGCUGCUGGCAGCGCCGCAAGUUGCGGCUGUCGCCAUCGUUUUCGUGGCCACAGUGGAGCAGACACUUUGGUGUUUGCUGCCGUUGUCGGCCGUGGCCGCCUUUUACUUUAGCGGUGAUAUGGUCCGUCCGCCAACACAAGCCCGCCUGCCUGAUCGGUCCAAAUUGUGGAUGAAGGUCAUGUCAGGAGGGCUUUUCCUCAGUCUGUUCUUUGAAGUCUGCAUUGAGCUUUGGCUUCCACCUGGGCUGGGAAGUCCAAAGCCUGAGCCGGAGACGAUCGCACACUGGAAGGCUUGUCAGAACUAUGAUCCCUGGGACCCAGACUUGGCCCGGAACCUGCAAGGACAACCCUGCAUACCUGGCUCUCCAGGGUGUAUGUCACAGCGAGAACGUUGCGGACGCGACUUCGUAAGUUGGCUCUGCAUUAGGCAGGGCCUGUCUGUCCCCUCUUUCCUGAUCUUGUUCGGUUUAUGCUGGGUCCUGCGAGCGGAGCAGCACUGGGUCAACGCGCCACCAAGAAGACCUGCAGAACAAGAGAGGCCGCAGUGGAGGAGAACUCUCCAUGCAGCAUCCGAUCGAUUUCGAGAACGAGUCGGGAGUAUUGCCUAUUUCAGAGGCGAACACCUGAAGCUGGUCAUUCUGUUGGUGACCACUUUGUUUACUUCAGUCUGUCUACUGGCAGCUUUCGCACUCCAGCCAUAUUUCAACGUGGUUCAGAUGGGAUAUUUGUGGUUCACGCUUGUCAGUGCAAGCUCAGCAAGCAAUGCGACGUUGUACUAUGACCCAGUCAAAGCGCUCGUCUGGCCGGCGAAGGCCAUCGGAAUUUUCAACAUGCUUGUUAUUUUGGCUUUGACCGUUAGCCAGACGCCGAUCUUCCCCUGCCCGCAUCCCAUGCGCCUGCCCGGAACAGUCGAAGGGGCUCCGGUCCAAGUUUCCAGAUUUGUAUCCAGGGAGCAGUGCCACUACCUAUUCCAUUCCGGGACUUUGUCAGACAUGGCAUCCGCCAGUGACUCCUGGAGGCUCGGAGCACUGUUUCAGAGUUUGGGAAUGGUGAAAAAUGGCGACGACGUUUCUGCUGAAGAUCUCAUCCAUUGGAUGGUAUUCACAGCCUGCCUCAUCCAGAGGAUCCUUCUGAUACGAUGGCACAACGAGCUUCGACGCCAUUUCGAGAGGAGGAAGGAACAUUUGGACUUUCGUGCCGAAUGGUAUGCUGAGAAGCUGGCAGCCAGCAGACAGAUGCAAAUCUCCAUUUGGGACACGAAGCGACAGGUUCUUCUCAGCAAGUUAUCCAGACUGACCCACCACCUGAACAACUUGCGGUCCAUUUGGGACGGCCAGCGGGCAGCAUUCACCGAAGAGGAGGAAACAGAAGGAAAGAGCGAUAGAAUGAAGAAAGAGUGCUUUGUUGAAGACCGAGAUUUUGCUGCGCACUUCGUGGAGCCAGGUCUGUGGCUUCAAACAGGACAAGCGCUUCGAAUCCUGGUGAGCUCGUGUGCAGCGUUGCCAGCAAUCACAUCGCCAGUGGCCCUGGUUCUUCCGAAAAGGUGGUCGAUCAAUGGGCUGUACCUCGGAGUCGUCCUAACCGUGGGAAACCUGUUUCGGACGAUCUUCAAAGACAGUUCGAAGAGAAUGGUGUACGAGGAGGUGUCCAACACGGACUUGCUGUUGGAUCUCUGCGAUGGCAUCUACCUGGCGCGAGUUCAAGGGAACUUGAAAGCCGAGUGGGAGCUGUACCACGAGCUGAUCCGUAUUUACAGAAGUCCGGAGCUAAUGGCACACGUGUCUGAACAGAAAGGUCGGCGAAAUCAAAUAGUGCCGACCGUCCCCAGCCUUCAGACUGUCCCGAGUGUUGACUCCAUGCCGACAUCAGCUCGGUGGCAGCUCGUGGCCAGACAGAUCAGGACUGGGAGCAGCAGCCGGCAUGAGGCCGAGUGA